ACGGAUCUAUUGACAGCAACAAGAGCAUCCGUCCUGCGAAUUAUAAAGAACGGCUCUCGACCCCAGGACGAGUGACCCAUUAAUUGUCCCCACACUUGUCUUCAACCCUGUGACCAGUCACAGACAAGCCCAGCAUGGCGAGCGUCUUCAUCUACGUCAGUAAGAAGCCCUCGAUGAGCCUCGAGGACUUCAAGGCGUAUUACGAGACCAAGCACGUCCCCCUCCUUCACAAGCUAAUUUUCAGUCACAGCGACGCUUCUCCUGUGCUUUACUAUGCACGCAACUACCAUGAUCGUCGUGCCAACCUCGUCGACCCCAUUGCAGCAGCGGGACAGGGCCAGAAGGAAUACCUCGACUUCGACUGCCUCUCAAUUCUGAAGUUCAAGACGCUUGAAGAUGUACAAAAGACAAUGGCCAUCUACCAGGAGCCGGAAGUCUCGAGGGUGAUCACAGAUGACGAGGAGCAGUUUGCGGAUCGCAGUUUGCUCAAGAUGUUCAUUGUCGAAGAGUGCGUGUCCUAGAGGAUAGAAAUUGCAAGGACUCGGCUCUGCUUCUACGAAAUCUGCCUUGCUUCCAUCCCAUCCUUGUUGAUGCUGUCGCUGCACCACUUCCAUGUCUUCUCGACCAUGUCUUCCCGAAGCCACUGCUCAUAUACUGUCCCGAAUCGAGCCCAUGGAACGAU